GUUCAGCAGAAGAGGUCAGAACCAGAGUCCAGCUGUGUGUCUAUGAGGAGUGACUCAUCUGUGAAUGAGGCAUUAGAUUAUAAGAGUGAAGAUACAGAGACUGAGCCUAGGCAUGAAGUCCUCAACACAUUUAGAUCAAAUCUGAUGAAAAAGUUUGGCCGUCUGUCUCAGGGAACAGCGACACAGGGAAACCCAACACUCCUGAAUGAGAUCUACACAGAGCUUUACAUCACAGAGAGUGAGAGUGGAGAGAUCAGUAAUGAGCAUGAGGUGAGACAGAUUGAGACACAAUCCAAGAGAACAGCAACAGAGGACACAGUCAUCAAAUGCAAUGACAUCUUUAGACCUUUACCUGGACAAGACAAAGCCAUCAGAACUGUGCUGACAAAGGGAGUCGCUGGUAUUGGAAAAACAGUCUCUGUGCAGAAGUUCAUCCUGGACUGGGCUGAAGGGAAAGAGAAUCAGGACGUCCAGCUCAUAUUUCCACUUCCUUUCAGAGAAAUCAACUUGAUGAAGGACAAAACACUCAGUCUUUCAGAUCUUCUUCAUGUCUUUUUCCCUGAAACUGAAAUAUCCAGUGAUAAAUAUAAAGUGUUGUUCAUCUUUGAUGGUCUGGAUGAGUGUCGUCUGUCUCUGGAUUUUGAGAGUGAUGUGAGGUUGUAUGAUGUGAGUGAAUCAGCCUCAGUGGACGUGCUGCUGAUGAACCUCAUUGUGGGGAAUCUGCUUCCCUCUGCUCUCAUCUGGAUCACCUCCAGACCAGCAGCAGCUGAUCUCGUCCCCUCUGAGUGUGUCCAUCGAGUGACAGAGGUACGAGGCUUCGAUGAGCCACAGAAAGAGGAAUAUUUCAGGAAGAGAAUUAGUGAUCAGAGUCUGGCCGACAGGAUCAUCUCACACCUGAAGUCAUCAAGGAGCCUCUACAUCAUGUGCCACAUCCCAGUGUUCUGCUGGAUCUCAGCCGCUGUUCUAGAGAAGAUGUUGAGUCGAGCAGAGACUGGAGAGAUUCCCAAGACUCUCACUCAAAUGUACAUACACUUCCUGAUCCUUCAGACCAACAUCAAACAUGAGAAGGACUAUGAAAAGAAAGUAACAAAUGAAGACAUGAUCCUCAAACUGGGGAAAGUGGCUUUUCAGCAGCUUGUUAAAGGCAAUGUGAUCUUCUGUGAGGAAGACCUGAGAGAGUGUGGCAUUGAUGUGACAGAAGCAUCAGUGUACUCAGGAUUGUGCACUCAGAUCUUCAGAGAGGAGUUUGGCUUGUAUCAGGGGAAAGUCUUCUGCUUUGUUCAUCUGAGCAUUCAGGAACAUCUAGCAGCUCUAUAUGUGCACCUCUCCUGGACAAACAACAACAGAAAUGUGUUUGACCAGAGUUUGUGGUCUAAAGUGAAGGACUGGUUUCAACUCAGUUCAUCAAAACAUGUUUCAUUAUCUGAGCUGCAUCAGAGAGCUGUGGAUGAGGCUCUACAGAGUAAAAAUGGACAUCUGGAUCUUUUCCUGCGGUUCCUUCUGGGUUUGUCAGUGGAGUCUCAUCAGAUUCUCCUAAAACGAAUAAUGACGCUGAAAAGAAGCAGCUCUGACAGCAAUGAGAAAGCAGUUAAGUACAUCAAGAAGAAGAUCAGGACCAUUGACUCUCCAGAGAAAUCCAUCAAUCUGUUUCACUGUCUGAAUGAACUGGGUGAUCGUUCACUAGUGGAGGAAAUACAACAGUAUCUGAAAUAUGGAAGAAUAAAGAAAAACAAACUCUCUUCAUCUCAGUGGUCAGCUGUAGUUUUUGUGUUGUUGACAUCAGAAGAGGAACUGAAUGAGUUUUGUCUUGAUAAAUUUGUUAAAGGAAUGAAAAAGGUUGAAAAUAUGAAAGUUCUUCAGAAGCUGCUGCCUGUGAUUAAAGAAUCAAAAUCAGUUCAGUUGAGUGAUUGUGGCGUCACAGAUGAAGGUUGUGCUGUUCUGGCUUCAACUCUGAGAUCAAACCCCUCACACCUGAGAGAACUGGAUCUGACUGGGAAUAAGAUAGGAAAUUCAGUGAAUCUGCUCUCUGAUUUACUACAAAAUCCUCACUGUAAACUGGAGAUACUGGGGUUGAGGGAUUGUGGCAUCACAGAUGAAGGUUGUGCUGCUCUGACUUCAGCUCUGAGAUCAAACCCCUCACACCUGAGAGAACUGGAUCUGUCUGUGAAUAAACUAGGUGAUUUGGGUGUGAAGUGUCUCUGUGCUGGACUGGAGGAUCCUCAGUGUAAACUGGAGAUACUGCGGUUGAUCAAUUGUGGUGUCACAGAUGAAGGUUGUGCUGCUCUGGCUUCAGCUCUGAGAUCAAACCCCUCACACCUGAGACAACUGAAUCUGAUUGGGAAUAAACUAGGAGAAUCAGGAGUGAAGUUACUGGAAGAUGAUCCACAUUUUAAACUGGAGAGAUUAUACUAUUUCUAGGACUCUCAGUAUUUAGACACCCGUCCAGUUUCCUCAGGAUCAGCUGAUGGUGAAUACAGAGACGUCACAGUCACACAAUCAACAGAGACUGAACACACAGCAUCACACUGUCAUGUGUGUCAUCUUUCACUGUCUUGUUUUAUAGGUAAUUGCCCAUGAAUUUGAGUGCAGAAUCAUUUUGGAUUCACUAGAUAUUGUCUACAAUGUAGAUCAAGGGUGUCAAACAUAUAGCCCAUGGGUGAUUUGAACAAUAAAGUUAAAUAAUAAUUAACACAAAAUAAGUGUAUUUGUGUUACGAAUUGCUUCAAGACUUGGGUUAAAGAUCCAAAUGCAGCUUUAAUAAGGGUAAUCCACAAUCGUAAUCCAAAUGCCAGGCAAAUAAUCCAAACAACCAAGUCCAAAACACAUAGGCAUACACAUACAUAAUCAGAGUUAGUAGGGGAAAUGGCAGGUGUGAAAAUUUGCUAAUAUAUUUAAUUUUGAAUAUAAAGUGGAACAAAUGUUUGGUUACUGGUACAGCAUAUAUGUAACUCAUUUUUUCUCAAUGUUUAAAACAAUAAAAAAAAUAUCUAAACGAAACAAAUGAACAAAUUGCUAAUGAUGCUAUGCCUUGGGACAUCUCGUGUAUAUGUAUGUAUGUAUAUAUGUGUGUGUGUGUAUAUGUAUAUAUAUAUGCAAACAAGCAAACAAGUGAUGCUGAUUGAUCAAACUAAAAGCCUCCCAUUCUAGUCAAUAUGGACAUGGUGUAAAUAAGAGAUUUAUUGUGCAAUACGGACCGCCUUAAUUAUAAAGGGAGAAUAAAAUUAAUUUAGCAAUAUAAUCUUUGUUAACUUUGAAUGUAAACUUUUUU